AUGAUUCAAAACUCUGCUGGUUAUCGAUCACUGAAUACUGGACCUCCGAUAACCAUUCAAGUAAAAAAUCAAAAGAAAAUAUGCGCCCGCUGUAACAGACCAGUUGUACAAGAUAGCCAACGAACGAAAACGACUUUAAAAGCCCUCGGUAAAUACUAUCACGAGAAAUGUUUCACAUGUCAAGAUUGUAAGAAGGCUCUAAAGCCCAAGUACUUUCCUUAUCAAAUAGACAAGAUGAGUGCGCCUAUAUUGUUAUGCCAAUACGAUUAUUUUAGGAGACAUAAUUUGUUAUGUCACGUAUGUGAUACUCCACUGCGUGGAUUAUAUUAUACCGCAUUCGGUUACCGGUACGACGAAGAGCAUUUUUCCUGUACAAUCUGUGCUACUCCUUGUGGUGUGAAAAAAUGCUUCAUGUACAAAAAUCAACUAUAUUGUAAGUACCAUUUCCUCAAAUAUUUCUCCAAACGUUGUAAAGGCUGCCAAUUCCCAAUAUCUGAUCAAUAUAUCGAGUUUCCCAAAGGUGAAGAAAUACAUUGUUGGCAUCCAGAAUGUUAUGGAAUUCAUAAGUAUUGGCAUGUAAAUUUAGCAGCAGAAACGGUUGGUUUGCAAUGCCUUCCCAAGUUAAAGUAUAAUCCUGAUGAGGGAGACAAAGAUAUAAGUCCAACUGCCUACGAGUUAGAUAAACAAAUGCAGGCGUUUAAUUUCAUUUUAUCUAAAACGUGGUCGGUUUUAUAUCGUUUUGAGGAAGAGGCAGCCUCUUGUAUCUCUGAUAUGUUUCAAUACUUAACAAGUAAUGACCAGUUAAAAGGUAUAGAAUCUACGGCCCUAUUGGUAAUGAAGAUUGACUGUCUUUUUAGAGGACUGGAUACUUUAAAUCUAUCGACCAACAAAAGCAUGCCUAUUAAUAGCGAAAAAGAAUACACCGAAAACAAUGCAAUGGCUGUAAACAAAUAUAGCAAGUUUCCUAAAAAUCUGUCAACAAAAAUAAUGAUAUAUUUACAACUGUUAAGGAAGUUAGGGACAGAAAACAAAGAUGAAACUAUUACAAUUUCAUCUUUCAUGUCUGUUAUUACUGGAUUAGCUCAUUUCUUAAAACUACUAACUAGAUUUGGACUAUACACAGCUUUAGAAAAUAAUAAGGUAAACCAUUCUGUAAAUCCGUUGUUAAGAUUCUUAAGAGAAGUAGAAAAAAAUGAACUUUUUGAGAAUAAUCCAUUUCAAUAUAUCAAGACUCCUGUUAACGCUACAGAUAGUUGCGCUGGAUGCAAUAAAUACAUACAGGAAGAGUGUAUCCAAUUUUAUGAACACAGAUGGCAUAUUUCUUGUUUUGUUUGUAGUUCGUGUCAUAAGAAUAUCAAUCCGAUGAGCUUGACAGAUCCCACUUUUAACAAAGAGAAGAAAAAGAUUCUAUGUUCUCACUGUUCAAUCGAUGAUCCUGCCUCCGUACCGGGUUUCAAAUUUGUCACGAAACUGGCACAACUAAUAUUCCUUUUAAAAAUUGCACUAGUUAAAUCAAGAACGGUCAUGCUAAAAUCGAGAGCAUCUAAUACAGCUGGUAGAAACUCUCUUCAAAGUACCAUGCUGAAGGAACAAACUUACAUUAGAACAUUGAACGACAUAAAAAGAUUGAGAUCAAGAAGAGAAAGCGUUCGAGUCACUCAUAACAAACAGCAAGCUAGAAAAUCAGUUAUAAUAGAAACUACUGAGAUAGAUUUAAAUGACCCGAUGAAGCAAGGGGAUAGGAAAAAUCUCGUAAUUCAAACAGACGAUCUAUCGUCAAAUCAACAAGUCAAUACUCGUGACAACGUAUUCAGUAAUACCAAAACACUAACGCUAGAUGAUAUUUCACGUAUUGUUGCUGCCGAACAAGCGAGAGAGUUAAGGCCCAAUGCAUUUACACACUUCAAAAAAUUGAAAGAAACGGAUGACGAAACUUUGAAUGUUGUUGCCAAGAAAAGUGGAAUUUAUUAUUCAGAAUUAAGUGCGAUAGAACUAUCAACAAUUAGGGCUAUCAGUUUAUCAUUGUUAGCUAAUAAACAAUUAAUAUCGAAAGCUGAUCCCAACUAUAAUAAUCUAGUUUCUAUGGUCUUUUCGAAUGAGAAACAGGUAACAGGUAGCUUUUGGAACAAAAUGAAAAUUAUGAUGAGUAUGGAAUCUAAAAAGACUAUAGCAAAAACUGUUUUUGGUACACCUUUAGAUGUAUUGUGCGAGAAAUGGGGUGUUGAUUCUGAUUUAGGUGUUGGACCUGUUAAAAUCAGAAUUCCCAUAAUUAUUGACGAGCUUAUAUCAUCUUUGAGGCAAAUGGAUAUGUCAGUGGAAGGUAUUUUUAGAAAGAACGGAAAUAUCCGAAGACUGAGAGAACUAACCACUACAAUCGAUAGUAGUCCGACAGAGGCGCCUGACUUUUCGAAAGAGAAUGCAAUCCAGUUGUCAGCUCUUUUGAAGAAAUUUAUUAGAGAAUUACCUCAACCGAUUUUAUCAACCGAUUUAUAUGACUUGUGGAUCAAAGCUGCGAAAGAGGAUUCAGAGGAUAAGAAGCAACGUGUUAUAUUGUUGAUAUAUUCCUUGUUGCCUACUUACAACCGCAAUAUACUGGAGGCACUUUUGUCGUUUUUGCAUUGGACAUCUUCCUUUUCCUACAUUGAAAAUGAAAUGGGAUCAAAAAUGGACAUACACAAUUUAUCCACUGUCAUAACACCCAAUAUCUUGUAUUUACACCAUACGGAAGUCUCUAAUGACAGCGUCCCAGAGGACCCAGAAUCAGGUUUGAUUGACUCAUUUGCUCAGAACAGGGGGGAGAAUUACUUUUUGGCUAUUGAAAUUGUAGAUUAUUUGAUCACUCACAAUGAGGAAAUGGCAAUGGUUCCAAAAUUCUUGAUGAAUCUUUUGAAAGAUGUGCAGUUGCAAAAGUUGGAUAACUACGAGUCAAUUAACAAUUUUAUCUCGAACUCUUUACAAAAAAAGACAAUUGAUUACUCUGAGUGUGAUACAAAGACUCCUGUCAUGGUUAAAGAUUCUACUACCAUGGUAAUACAAGGUGAUGUGAACAAAUAA